AUGUCAACUAGAGUUGAUAUUCCUGCUGAAAAAAGUGCUGUUGCUAAAGUAACAGCACCUCUAAUCGGAGCUUCCGCCCAUGGAAAGGGAGGAUACAAGAAAGGGCUUGCUAUAUUCGACUUCGUUUUGAGGCUAGGUGCUAUAACAGCCGCUCUAGCUGCCACUGCCACAAUGGGAACUAGUGGUCAGACCCUUCCCUUCUUCACCCAGUUCUUCCAAUUUGAGGCCGGCUAUGAUGAUCUUCCCACUUUUCAGUUCUUUGUGAUUGCAAUGGCAAUAGUUUCAGGCUAUCUCGUCCUUUCCCUUCCAUUCUCCAUUGUAGCCAUUAUUCGUCCACAAGCUAUUGGACCAAGGCUCCUCCUCAUUAUUUUGGACACUGUCGCCCUAACUCUAAACACGGCCGCCGCGGCUGCUGCUACUGCCAUAGUAUACUUGGCUCACAAUGGCAACGCAAGUGCAAAUUGGCUUGGUAUCUGCCAACAAUUUGGUGAUUUUUGCCAAAGCGUCAGUGGGGCUGUGGUGGCCUCUUUCAUAGCAGCUGUCAUGCUCAUGUUCUUAAUUGUGAUUUCUGCUUUAGCUCUCCGAAAGCAUUGA